AUGGGCGCGCGGGUCGGGGCGCUGCUGCUGGCGCAGCUGUUGGCGCGAGUGGAAAUCGCGAGGCCGGAGUUGCAGGAUAAGGACCUGCUGUUUCCAGGGCCAUGUGGCCUCCGGGGCAUCCAGUCCCGCGUGGUGGGUGGAAAGGACUCAGAGCUUGGCCGCUGGCCUUGGCAGGGCAGCCUGCGCUGGAAGAAAGUCCACCUCUGCGGAGCGAGCCUGCUGAACCGCCGCUGGGUGCUCUCAGCCGCGCACUGCUUCCAAGAGAGCGCCAAUCCCGAUGAAUGGACGGUCCAGUUUGGCGAGCUGACCGCCAUGCCGUCCUUCUGGAGCCUGCGAGCCUACCUCCAUCGUUACCGGGUUCAGGAUAUCGUUCUGUACUCGGAGCGGGUGACGCCUUCCCGGAACGACAUUGCCCUGCUGCGGCUGGCCUCCUCCGUCACCUACAGCAAGCACAUCCAGCCCGUCUGUGUCCCGGCCUCCUCCUCGGAGUUCCAGAACCAGACCAACUGCUGGGUGACCGGCUGGGGGCACAUCCGUGAGAAAAAGCCACUGCCACCUCCCUACGCACUCCAGGAAGGGCAGGUCUCCAUCAUAAACAAGUCCAGGUGUUCCUUCCUGUUCCGUCAGCCCGUUUACCACAGUAGCACUAGGGAUACUAUGAUUUGUGCUGGCUCUGAGGAUGGCAGCCGUGACACCUGCAGAGGUGACUCAGGCGGACCCUUGGCCUGCAAAAAGAAAGGGCUGUGGAUUCAGAUUGGAAUUGUGAGCUGGGGAGUGGGCUGUGGUCGGCCCAACCGGCCCGGUGUCUACACCAACGUCAGUAGUUACUUCAACUGGAUCCAGAAGCUGGUGGCCCACAGCACCCCCAGGCCAGGUGCCUCUCAGUUGCUGCUCAGUUGCCUCCCUCUGCUCUGGGCUCCCCAACUCCUGCAGCUGGUCUGUGCACACCUGAGCCCGUGAGGGUGCAGCAGUUACUGUAGCACCUGGCACAUUCACCAGGGGCUGGGGGCACCCCAGUGGCAAAACUUCCUGUUGGACCAGGACAAGUCCCCUUCUGUCCCCUUUGCUA